AUUUAUGAUGUUACCACUGACUUGCACUGCUUGUACAUGUGAAACGUCAAGGCACAUUUCAAUGAGUUUAUGAACCCAAUGAAUAUAUACAUAUUAUGCUGUGAAUUCAUCUAGCGUGACUUUUGGUUUCCAUAAAGGCUUGAAUUUCAUAUAACUAAGUAAUAAUGAGUUUUGGUUUGCCACCACUUGUUCCAAAACCUACUGUAAACGAUCAGUUCAACGUUCAUGAUGACAAUUAUGGUAUACCUAAUCCAAUGGUUUCAGGAUUAACAGCAUCUAGGCAGCACAUAGGUUAUGCACAUCCAUUGGAAGCAUCUGAGAGAAGUUAUGAGAAAAAUCGUACUCGCAUGAACAUGGUGUUAUUAAGAAACACACAAGGAUUACAUGCUCCAAUGCGUCUAGCAAUGGAAUUAAAAGCUACUGAAAAAAUUGGAAGACUUCCAUUUCUUCCAUCAUCACACAUGAUGAAAGAUGUGUUACUUGGAAAGGAUGAAGAAAUAGGGUUUGAAGACAUAUUAAACAUACCUGAAUUUAAAGAACAAAUGGGGCAACCACAUGCUGUUGUUGAAAAAAGUCUUGGAAUAUUAUAAACACGGAUAUUUCUAUUUCUAAUGAGUUUGGCUUUGUAUUAUUGAAUAUCUUAAGUAACAAUAAAUGUUUGGUUCUUAUAA